AUGGAGGCGGCCGCUGCGACCUCGGCUGCGUCGUCGUGGGCGACUCUGUCCCCCGCGCUUUCUCCUGAGGAUUUCUCGCUGGCGCACGCGCCGUCCGACGCCGAGCAGCAGGCGCUGCAUGCGCUGCUGCCGCGGCUGGCGCCCAGGGCUCUUGGGGCGGUGCGCCUCUCGCCUCUCGCCCUCCUGCAGAUGCUUCUGCACGCGGACGGCGGCGCUCCUUUCGAGGUCAUGGGGCUGAUGCUCGGGUCGAUGCAGCCGGGCGACUCCGCGGUUGCGAGGCCGGAGGGGGCGUCGGAUGGGCAGGCCUUCGUCAUUCAUUCGGUCUUCCGCUUGCCGGUUGAGGGCACGGAGACGCGGGUGAACGCCGGCGCGGAGGCGAACGAGUAUAUGGUCAGCUUCGUCUGCCGCGCGGAGGAGGCCCGCGAGGCGAAUCUCUGCGUCGUUGGAUGGUACCACAGCCACCCCGGCUACCGCUGCUGGCUCAGCGGAAUCGACGUCGAGACCCAGAAGCUUCACCAGCGAGGGCAGGAGCCUUUCCUCGCGAUCGUGGUGGAUCCUACGCGGACGCUCGCGACCGGCGAAGUCGAUAUUGGCGCCUUCCGCUGCUACCCCGACGGCUGUUCGCCUGACUCGGCUUCGCCGGGUGACUGCGCUGUGCGGGCGAGCGUCCCCCUGGAGAAAGGCGACGACUUUGGCGUUCACUGGAGACAGUACUACAAGCUGCAACUCGACUUGCUUUGCUCGUCCCUGGAUGCCCUCCUCAUUCGGCGCCUCGCUCAGGCUUCGUGGUUCACGCCUCUGCUGCCGGCGCCGCAGAGCCAGAGUGCGGCUACUCGCCGCGCGUACCGGACCGCUCAGAUGCUGGACGUUGCCAGCAAGUCGCGGCGCGCCGAAGCGACGCUCUUUCCGCCGUUGCCCAAGGUUCGCGCCUCGGCGUCGGCGUCGCCAGAGGGGGCCUGCGCGCGUCCUUCGGCGGCCGUGCAGGCGCCCAAAGGACCCCCCGGGGGUCCUUUGGGCGCGUCGUCGGCUGCGUCGUCGCUCGCCGCGGCGCCGCCCAACGACGCGCGAGCCGACAGGAUCGCGGCGCUGGCGGACGAAGAGGAGGCGCAGCAGCGCAUGCAGCGGCAGACGCGGCUGAUGCUCGAGUCGAGCCUGCGGAAGAAGCACGCCGCGAGGCUCCUCGCGGGAGAGCGGGCUGGCGAACCGCGUGAGGAACUGUCAUUCGACGCCGUCGUUCGAGAGGCGAAGCAACUCGCCUGCGACGCCCGACAUGCGUGCGUGUCUGCCGCCGUCUCGGAUUUGAUCUUCUCGCCUGCGGACGAAAGCUGCUCCUGGAUCGCGCUGCGGCAGCGGCUUCGCGAGAAGAGACGCUCCGCUCCCGACGCUUCGUGA